UGAUUUUACUAAAGAGAGGCAAACUUGUGACUUUGCUAUGACUUUGGGCUCUGGAUCCAUAAGCGGAUAUUGCGCCCCAGAAUAAAGGAGUCUGUCAGCUGGGGAGGACCCUUGAUCCAAGAUCUUGCCCUUGGAUGAUUUUGCCCUGUAUUUCUGGACAGUUCCUAAUGAGUUCUGUGAGGUGGAAGGAAGACAGUACAUUUUAAGGGUUGAAGAAAGUCUGGGUUGUGCUGCUCUCCAGUGCCUACUUGGUUUGAAAAUUGUGCUCUACCCACGAGCCUUGUUGCGGCCCCAUGGACCUGAGUGUCCAGGGCUGGACCGGGGGGGCGGGUCACAUCGUGAGGGUAGAGAUGCUAGCACAGGAACAAGUCUGGGGUAAAGAGCCUUGAUUAGGUUUUUUGUGGUGGUAGCAGCUUGCUGUUGGUUCUUGCUGGGUAGGGGUGGGAUAUAGCUGGGCUCUCUCCUCCCACUUCACUGCUAUAUUGGAGGGGCUUCUCCUUUCAGGCCAGGCCAUGAGUUAUUGAAAACCUGGGCAGAAGCCAAGGCAUGUGGUCCUUGGUUAUCUCUGCUUCUAGAACAAGGACAGUGGCCAAGGCGUGCAGUCCCCAGUCAUCUCUGCUUCCAGAACCAGGAUGGACAGCCAAGGCGUGCAGUCCCUGGUCAUCUCUGCAUCCAGAACCAGAAUGUUGGCUCAGCCAUGUGGUCCUUGGUCAUCUCUGCUUCCAAAACCAGGAUGGACAGCCAAGGUGUGCAAUCCCUGGUCAUCUCUGCUUCCAAAACCAGGAUGGACAGCCAAGGUGUGCAAUCCCUGGUCAUCUCUGCUUCCAGCCAGGAUGGAUGGCCAAGUCAUGGGACAUUUUUUUUCGCAACACCAAUGCUGGAGCCCCUCCGGGCACUGCCUACCAGAGCCCCCUUCCCCUGAGCCGAGGCUCCUUGGCUACCGUGGCCCACGCACAGUCCCUGGUGGAGGCACAGCCCAACGUGGACAAGCUCGUGGAGGACCACCUGGCGGUGCAGUCUCUCAUCAGGGCAUAUCAGAUACGAGGGCACCAUGUAGCACAGCUGGACCCCCUGGGGAUUUUGGAUGCUGAUCUGGACUCCUCCGUGCCCGCUGACAUUAUCUCAUCCACAGACAAACUUGGAUUCUAUGGCCUGGACGAGUCUGACCUUGACAAGGUCUUCCACUUGCCCACCACUACUUUCAUCGGGGGACAGGAGUCAGCACUUCCUCUACGGGAAAUCAUUCGUCGGCUGGAGAUGGCCUACUGCCAGCACAUUGGGGUGGAGUUCAUGUUCAUCAACGACCUGGAGCAGUGCCAGUGGAUCCGGCAGAAGUUUGAAACCCCCGGGAUCAUGCAGUUCACAAAUGAGGAGAAACGGACCCUGCUGGCCAGGCUCGUGCGGUCCACCAGGUUUGAGGAGUUCUUGCAGCGGAAGUGGUCCUCUGAGAAGCGCUUUGGCCUGGAAGGCUGUGAGGUGCUGAUCCCUGCCCUUAAGACCAUCAUCGACAAGUCAAGUGAGAAUGGCGUGGACUACGUGAUCAUGGGCAUGCCUCACAGGGGGCGGCUGAACGUGCUCGCAAAUGUCAUCAGGAAGGAGCUGGAGCAGAUUUUCUGUCAGUUCGAUUCAAAGCUGGAGGCAGCUGAUGAGGGCUCCGGAGACGUAAAGUACCACCUGGGCAUGUACCACCGGAGGAUCAACCGUGUGACAGACAGGAACAUCACCCUGUCCCUGGUGGCCAACCCUUCCCACCUCGAGGCCGCUGACCCUGUGGUGAUGGGCAAGACUAAAGCUGAGCAGUUUUACUGUGGGGACACCGAAGGGAAAAAGGUCAUGUCCAUCCUGCUGCAUGGGGAUGCUGCAUUUGCUGGCCAGGGCAUCGUCUACGAGACCUUUCACCUCAGCGACCUGCCGUCCUACACGACGCAUGGCACUGUGCACGUGGUCGUCAACAACCAGAUCGGCUUCACCACAGACCCGAGGAUGGCCCGCUCUUCCCCCUACCCCACCGAUGUGGCCCGAGUGGUAAAUGCCCCCAUCUUCCACGUGAACUCAGAUGACCCUGAAGCUGUCAUGUACGUGUGCAAGGUGGCAGCCGAGUGGAGAAGCACCUUCCACAAGGACGUGGUCGUCGAUUUGGUGUGUUACCGUCGCAACGGCCACAAUGAGAUGGACGAGCCCAUGUUCACGCAGCCACUCAUGUACAAGCAGAUCCGCAAGCAGAAGCCCGUGCUGCAGAAGUACGCUGAGCUGCUGGUGUCGCAGGGCGUGGUCAACCAGCCGGAGUAUGAGGAGGAAAUCUCCAAGUACGAUAAGAUCUGUGAGGAAGCUUUUGCCAGAUCCAAAGACGAGAAAAUUUUGCACAUCAAGCACUGGCUUGACUCUCCCUGGCCUGGCUUCUUCACCCUGGAUGGGCAGCCCAGGAGCAUGUCCUGCCCCUCCACGGGCCUGACAGAGGAUAUUCUGACACACAUUGGGAACGUGGCCAGCUCUGUGCCCGUGGAGAACUUUACCAUUCAUGGAGGACUGAGCCGGAUCUUAAAAACUCGUGGGGAGCUGGUUAAGAACCGGACCGUGGACUGGGCUCUGGCAGAGUACAUGGCGUUUGGCUCACUGCUGAAGGAGGGCAUCCACAUCCGGCUGAGCGGCCAGGAUGUGGAACGCGGCACGUUCAGCCACCGCCACCACGUGCUCCAUGACCAGAAUGUGGACAAGAGAACUUGCAUCCCCAUGAACCACCUGUGGCCCAAUCAGGCCCCCUACACCGUGUGCAACAGCUCACUGUCUGAGUAUGGUGUGCUGGGCUUCGAGCUGGGCUUCGCCAUGGCCAGUCCUAAUGCCCUGGUCCUCUGGGAAGCCCAGUUUGGUGAUUUCCACAACACUGCCCAGUGCAUCAUCGACCAGUUCAUCUGCCCAGGACAAGCCAAGUGGGUGCGGCAGAAUGGCAUCGUCCUGCUGCUGCCCCAUGGCAUGGAGGGCAUGGGCCCAGAACAUUCCUCCGCCCGCCCGGAGCGGUUCCUACAGAUGUGCAAUGAUGACCCAGAUGUCCUCCCAGACCUUCAGGAAGCCAACUUUGACAUCAAUCAGCUGUACGACUGCAAUUGGGUCGUUGUCAACUGCUCCACCCCUGGCAACUUCUUCCACGUGCUACGACGCCAGAUCUUGCUGCCCUUCCGGAAGCCGUUAAUUAUCUUCACCCCCAAAUCCCUGCUGCGCCACCCUGAGGCCAGAACCAACUUUGACGAGAUGCUUCCAGGAACCCACUUCCAGCGGGUGAUCCCAGAAGAUGGCCCUGCAGCUCAGGACCCAGAAAACGUCAAGAGGCUUCUCUUCUGCACCGGCAAGGUGUACUACGACCUCACUCGAGAGCGCAAAGCACGGGACAUGGUGGAGCAGGUGGCCGUCACAAGGAUCGAGCAGCUGUCACCAUUCCCCUUCGACCUCCUGCUGAAGGAGGUGCAGAAGUAUCCCAACGCUGAGCUGGCCUGGUGCCAGGAGGAGCACAAGAACCAAGGCUACUAUGACUAUGUGAAGCCAAGACUUCGGACCACCAUCAGCCGCGCGAAGCCCGUCUGGUAUGCUGGUCGGGACCCAGCGGCUGCUCCAGCCACUGGCAAUAAAAAGACCCACCUGACAGAGCUGCAGCGCCUCCUGGACACGGCCUUUGACCUGGACGCCUUCAAGAACUUCUCGUAGAGCUGUUAGGGUUGUUUGGGCUGCUGUCCUCUCCACAUCCAUGACUGCCCCUCGCUUUCCAACUAAAUAGUGCCUCAGCGCUGCCCACACCUCUGCCCUUCUCGCUGUGCCGCGCACCCCUCCCCUGCUCUUGUAGGACUUAGGCUGUUGUCCCCUCAAGUGCUUGGCUGCCCACCGGCCAGACACUGCCAGGCUGUGCUGACUUCCGUCAAGCUGAGCAGCUCUGCAGAGGCGGUGCGGAGCAGGAAGAGCCAAGGGAGCCCUACAGGAUGUCCUUGGGGAGGGUCAGCUCUGGCCGUGACCACCCCCACCUGCAUUGCCCCCCAGGGUAGGGACUAGGCCUCGUGUGGCUUCCCAGUGUGUUGGCAACCUUGUCACCCAGCAAGGCACAGGCUCUUGUGUCUGAGGCCAGGGUAGUUUCAUCUUGGGGCCAAGCCUUAGAAUCUAUGGAGGAGUCCAGAGUGAGAUCUAGCCAUAUCUAGCAGAGGUUUCUAGAACGGGCCUUAGCUGUGGGGUGAACUGAGGACGACACGAGGCAGCUGGCAGGAGAGAGCCUUGGCCUGAGUUGGCACAGAGAGGGCAGGUUUGGUCUGUGCAGUAUCCGUUUUCUGUUGCCCCUUCAAGGGUCCCGGGCUCUGCAUGGGGCCAGGCAUGCCCCUCAACCCUGCCUGGGGCUGGGCAGCACCUGGAGCCCACAAGGUCUGUGUGGCCAGGAAGCCUUGCUGGGGUCCCCACAGCCAGGCACUGGCUGCUCUGUCUUGGGCCUGCUGACCCUUCCACCUCCACCCACUCUGCCCGUGGCCUCCCCUCCUCCCACACCACCAACCACUCUUCUUCCUUUCUUUCUGCUAUUUCCCUUUAACCCAGUGGAGACUUUCUGAUGCAUCGUUUUCUUUGCUGUGCCAAAGCAGGUCAGAAGGAGGGACAGGAGGGGCAGGGGUGAGGGGCAGGCUGUGGCCAAGGGGCCAGCUGCACUUCAUCCAUCACUUUGACCUUCACAGGGACAAAUCUGAUUUAUUUAUUUUGGUUAAAAAAAAAAAGCAAAAACAACUUUGCAUUGCAUUGGCUUGACCCAUAAACUAAGUUAUCCAUGG